AUGUUUCCCCUUCGUGUUUCACUAUCUGGGUUUGUGCAUUGCUUUUUGCGAGUCCUUUGCUUCACUGUUCUGGUAUUGGGCGAAGUUGACAAAGCUUUCGUCAAUGUUAUUGUCCAAAGCGAAGAUGGGCAAAACAGCUCAUUUGCGAACAUCGUCGGCAAAUUUGCAAGAGUUGGAGCUAUAAAACAAGUAGAAGGAGAGCUAAUAGAGGUGAAAAUAAUUUCGCAAAACCCUUCAGCAACACUUUUAUGACGUAACUAAGACAGCAUUUUAAUGCAAGCGAUAUAAUUUUGAAGACUUUCUGUAUGUAGAUAAAACUGGAACCCUCUCCCAUAACGAAGUCCUCGGCAUAAAGAACGAUUUUGUUGACCCCAGUAAUAGCAUAAUAUAUGGAAACGAACCUCGCUAUAGCGAACAAAUUUUGCCAGUCCCUUGGCACUCCAUUAUAUCGAGGUUCCAUCAGGUAAUUAUAUAUUAAUUGAUAGCCUUUACAACACCUGGCAGAAUUAUUCGAAGUUUAUUCAAUGAAGAUAAUUUUUUUUAACACUAAACUGAAAUUACCAGUGAUUCAUUAGCGGAAUUGCAAGUGAGUAAUGUCAUUAAGUUUAAAUUCAGAUGGAUAGUUAUGAUUCAGAAGAUUCUGAUCCAGAUGAGGAUGAUGCAACCCCUGUUGCAGAUGAGGCACGUCAUGGCUGGAUUGGUGUCAUACACAUUCCUGUCUUGGAGUACUACAAUGUCCGUAGAGGCAGCUCUAAGUCCUGGUCUGUCUUGGAAAAGGUUUGAGCUCAACUGCUUUGUUUCAUACGAGGGAUGCAUGAUGUACCAACCAAUAGCCUGAGAAAACAGCCGACAUUUGGCGACGCUACCACUAGUUUCCCCUCCAAAUGACAUCUGAGAAACGAGGGCAGAAAUUCCAUACUGAUGACAGGUCACUACCCAGACCUGGGUAAUGCUUCUGAUUGGUUGAAUCAAAUUUCCCACGCGGCACAACCAUUCAGAAGCACUACCCAGAUCUGGGUAGUGUCACGUCAUCCGUAUGGAAUUUCUGCACUCAUUUGUUAGACAUCAUUUGGAGGGGAAACCAGUGCUGGGGUCACUAAAUGUCAGCUGUUUUCUCAGGCUAAUCAAACAAAUUAGAGACCUUGUACUAUGCUAUUCUAUCAAAAUGUUUUAGAUUUCCAAAUUAAUGUUGUGCGCUUUCUAGAUGUUGAAUUUACAGACUGUUACUAGAACUUUUGCCCUGCAGGAAAUUACAUGUUAACUUCAUAUUUUCCAGUUAGAUGACAACUUUUCUCUAUUGAAGAAUAAAAAAAUGAAUAUAACAGCUGCUUUCAGUUGUGACACCAUACAGAUUCACACUCUCUUUCAAGGGUGUAAUUUUUAUUGAUCCUUGAAAUAAAAUCAGUGCAGAUCAAUUUCUUUACCACCUUUGACCUUCCCAUUAAUACAAAUUUUUGUUUCGUUAUUUUUAAGGUGAAGAAGGCAAUGUUCCUUGGUGCCUCAGCUAUAAUUAUUAUCACAUUGAAUCAGAGGGUGUUAAGAAAGGUAGGGUAUGGAAAUACCCAUGAUAAUCUCAGUUCUACAAAGCUCCUAUCCCUACUCCAGAAACUUGGGUACAACUUUUCAUUGCAGCCGUUUCUGGGAGUUUGGGUGGACAUUAGAAAUAGCUAUGAUUGGUCAAUGGUGCGCAAGGCAACCAUUAACCAAUCACGAGUAAUGCUUUUCCACCCAAACGAUCUCAGAAGUCAUUACACUGAAAGCUUGUAAAUUUCCCUUAUAGUUUCUGGAGUGGGGAAUUGUAGCACUCUUCAGUCAAAGCCUUAAUUAUCAUGGUGCUUUUCAGGGAUAAUGAAACAAAUGAUUUUUAAAUGGAACAUACAUGUAGCAUGGUUAAAAAUCCCAACUGGUAGGAGGCGAACCUGUUGGCUGUUUUACAAGGAUGGCCGAAGACUACAGAGUGGUCAGGGCAGGACUUGAACUUGGUGCCUCUGAAGUAUAAGUCUAGUGCUCUAACCACAUGACCUGCAUGCUGCCUCCAUAAACUUUGUUAUCUACUAGUGCAACUCUUAUAACUUCAAACUUGUCUUGAGCAAAGUAACAAAUUGCCGUUGAGGAUAAGAAAAUCACAAAUUUGUGUUUCAAUGGUUUUAGGGUUACCGGGUAACAACAUGGUAGCCAAUCCCUCCCACAUAAUCUGUGAGAUUAACCCUGUUGAAACUCCUCAGUUAUCUUGCAUCUCUUGUUUAUCACCAGCUGGACCUUGCUCAAAUGUUUCCAAGGCCCAUAGUAACUGUUAAUGGAACAAGAAAUGUUUCUAAAUUAAUGGCUGCUCUUCAAAGGCAAGUGCUCUGUACAAAUUUCAGAUUUUUAUUCAAAUAGUCUGUCAUGAUUUACUAGUAAGAAAUUUUGCAUCAGAUCCGCAAAAUAACAUCCUUCUCGAUCUACGCAAUUCUUCAGAUUGCACUCAGCCUCAUCCAAUUUAAAUCAAGUCCAGUAAUAAGUCCAAAAUCGUGCAUCUUGCUUUGGAAUGCAAAAAGAAAUAAAUUGUGUCUUGUUAUAAUAUUAUUUUGUAUUGUGAGUAGAUAAAUAAAGUAAAACCUGCAUGUUAGAACCCAGUGGUUUUAAAGAAACCUGUUGGCCGAAAUUUGUCACUUAAAUACAAUAUGUAACCAAACAUAUUAGAACCUGUGAAGCCAAGCAAGAUCACACAGGUUCUUGUAUGUGGCUUACAGCCAAAUCUAAGGAGUUUGACUUUGAGAUUGCAAAUCUAUACAACAAGAAUUUUUAUGCUAUACCAAACUGUAAUGCGAAUACCAUACACUGUAUAUGUAAUAAUUACAGUACCGUUACAUAACAGUAAUUGUAAUGCAAAAAAGAUUGCUUCCGGCACAAUUUCACUACAAAUAACAUUUACCAUAAAAAAUAUCAAUAUUAAUUUUUAACACGUAAACUAACUGUCUAUUUGUAGAGGAAAGCAGAAGCUUAGAGGGAUAGUGUCUUAUAACUCUUCUCUAGUUGAACUGAAGGUAAGUCUGGUAGUAAAUCAACUGCCAUAUGUCAGAAGAUCUUUUCCAUGCACAGAAAUGACCAUGAUUCUGCCCUUGUUUGUUUAGCUUCUUGUCACUCCAAUCCCUUGGUUGCAUUUCUCAGGUUCUAAAAUGCUAAUCACAAACAAAAAUAAAAGCGACUUCUGAAAUACACGGUUAAAGAGAGGUUACUAUUUCAAAAAGAUCUUAUUAAUACAUCAGUCAUAUUAGUCUUCUAUAAGACACACUUUUUCAGUUUGAGAGUAAACGUAACCACCAAUUCUCAAUAGAGCAUGCAGAAAAUGUUUAUUGCUUAUUGUUUAUUGUUUUGUUUGCCAUAAGUGAUACAAAGCAAAAAAAAAAUCUAAUUAUUUAAACUCUCACGGCGAGGAAGCCCAAGAGAAGCCACCGGGCUUGUAAGGAAUGGGCUCCCUCAGUUAGAUAAUUAGAACAAAAUAUUAUAAAAUUCAAAUGAUGAACCUCUCGUUACCAUCCCUGUGAAUCCUUGUUCUUGAACUGCUUGUAACAUCACCCUGGUUCGAACAACUUCAGGCAAACAAAUUUCAAGAACUUUUCGAGGAUUUUUCAGGAGCAAAAUACAGUUUUCAAGGACUUUGAUUUAUCUAAUAAAUCGGCAUUGUUAAACCCCCUUUGAUCAACCUACUGGCUAAAACACGUCAUGGAAUCAUUUACGAUUUUUACUUCUUCGACAGUCUUUCGACCAUCUUUGAUCACAUUACUAUACUACUUUCCGCAACAAGACUUUGCAAAAUGACUGGGUAUAACUUGCAGUUGCAUCUGAGGUACAGAAAUAGCUUCGAAAUAUAGAAACAGAAACAAAAUAUUGUUGAUGCACAAAAAUGUUUUACGUUACCCGUGAGUUUUACAGGUUCUUACACCGAGGAUUAGCCAAAUUUUCGUCGGCAAAGUAAUCUAAUUUUACAGAAAAAGGUGUCUGGCGUAGACAAGGUUGUAAAUUUCAAGGACUUUUCAGGACCUAAUACAGAAAUCAAAUAUAUUUUUAAAGGGCCUAGACCGAAUUCAAGGAAUUUUUCUAGACGACUAGUAAAAUUCAAGGCCUUUUCAAGAUUGUACGAACCAUGCAUCACGGUCAAGAACAAUAACUAAAUUGUGCAUGGGGAUGAUCGGUACGGUAGAACCUCGCUAACUCGAACUCGGAUUUCCCCGCAAACACGAACUACAUCUGCUUUCCCUUGAUCAAAAUUUCACUGAAAUUUACCCUGAUAACUCGACUUCCUCGCUAACUUGAACUGUUUUUCGUUUCCGUUCAGAGUUCGUGUUACCGGGGUUCCUGGGUUCUACUGUAUUUUAAACCAUGCACUCUUUGCUAGUGGCCAGAGCCAUGAAGCCUUUUGUUCUUUAAGCUCUCUUUUACCAACUGGAUAAAUCUUGUUACAAUGUUUGAAACUAAGUUAAAAAUAGCGGAUUAUCCUGUGGAGUCGAUUGUUAUACAACAUUGUUAUUUCUUCUAGUUAUUAUCCACACUAACUUUUUGGGCGACCUGUGGACGGCCCAGUGGAUGGGAAGGAGUGGUCUGCCUUGGAAAUCCUGAAAAAGGCACCGAGGUAAUUAAUUAAUAUGUCCUUAGUAAUCACCAAAGGGUCGUUCAUCAUCAGCAUAUCUGCCACUUUUGGUCCCCUGUAGGUCAGUGACUCCACGCACAUCAGACCUACUAUUUAUUGUCACAUACACGAAGACCCCUCUUCAAACCCAAACGCGCUUGCCCUUGCGCGCAAUAUUUUUAACAUCUUUUUGACGUUUUUUUCACUUUUUAUCUAAAUUGACAUAUUCACUACCCACGCUGAAAAAAAAAAUGAAAACUUCGCCUUUACACCUUCACAGCCACUGAAUAGUCAACUGGAUUUCAUUUUUUUGUAUACGUUUUAAUAUGUGAUAACUGAGUUAUAAUUUUUGAACACAAGGCUGAGGAGUGAAGACAUUAUCCUAUCCUACUGAACAAAUGUAAUUAUCAAACCAAGUACCGGUAUUUCUUUUAUGCGACGUGCUACCUUGUAGAUUGUUUGACAAAAAUAGAAAUUGCCACAAAGUAAGAAGACUUGUUUAUAAGUUGUCUCGGGUGUAGUGCAGACGGCAUUGUAACAUGACUUUUAAAUUUUUACGCGGCACAUGUAGGAUGUCAACUCUCAGUUCUUUGGAUCUUCAGCGUUCUUUGCGUCAGUGCUGUUUUGUCUUUUGGUACUCAAGGUACGUUACAAAGAGAACCCUGUUUAAGCCACAUCCUCUCCAGCCUGUCACCGGCUCUCAGUUAAGGUCGACCUACUUUUUCUGGGCGCUUGGUUUUCUUUUCGUUCGCCUCCACCAGCUUCCAUGACAGCCUUGAAGAGGCUACACCCUUUUCAGACCAUCAGUUCGUAAGUUUAUAGAAAUAUGCGUCUCGUAGAGAGUUAAUAUACAGAUAUAGAAACACGUGAAAUUGUAGCUCAUGAAUCAACUCUGGUUUGCAGCCACGCAACAGCAAAGUAAUCGAAAUGUUGAAGUAGCUUCACUCUCUAAUGUUUCUGUAAGAACAGUUUAAGUUGGGUCCCACUCUUGAUAACCUACAAUUUCAUUAGACUUGCUUCUAUAUUGUCGUAGUUCUUUUGUUCCAGGGGUCGGUUCCACUUUUAACUUUGUUUUCUGUUCUCCCAACCAAUUCUGUGAUGCCUUGCACUAGCUGCAACAUCAGCCUAUAAACAGUGAUUAUAGCAAAACAUUUGCUUGCCCGGGCCGCAAGCCCACAACCAAGAUUUGUUUGUUUUGAAAUGAUGCUAAAUUGCAUUAAAGUGAAAGACGAUGGUGAAAUGUAGGACUAUUGACUAGUAAAAGCCCCGUGGAUGAAAGUUUAAAGCAAAAGGCACACUAGCAGUUUCCUUAGCUUUUCUUUUAUUUGCAUUUUUGCGUUACGUCAUUUUUUAAUAUCUUUACAGACCCAGCUCAGCCAACUCUUUCACAACUAUUGGAUUUCGAAAAAAGAGGUAUGAGUUUCCAUCUGCCUUUUCGUUCAGAUCAUCAUUAAACCAUCACGGCGUAUCCUAACGCUACGAAAACAUCCGAAAGCCAGUCUUAAGCGUUUUUCUUGAAUGCCGUUGAUCCGCCGCACAAGUCGGAGGGAACAGCGCGAAAUUUCUGCGAGACCGUAAAAAAUUGACAUUUCUCUUUGUAGCUAUCUCACGGUAAAAAUUAGAUCUCAAGAAAAAUUCACCGCACAAUAUGUAAGGGAACGGCUGAAGUAAACUGCUUCGCAAUGGGCUUGUUUCUUGAGGUGUUAGGCGGGCUAAAAAAGUUUUUUUUGGACAACAGGAUAAAAUGAUAUAAUGUAGGACUUAAAAAACAAAACUUGCUUGACCUCGUUAAGCGACACAUUCAAUAGACGGUCUCUGUCUUGAAAAUUCUUGGAGGAGACCUUUUGGAUAAAGCUCUCGCAUCUCAGAGACUUCGGCUAUGUUUUACUUUUUAGCAAAUGCUGAGGCAAGAGGCGGCACAAGCAAUAGCGAAACUAAAGAUGAGAAAAUACAGGCGAGUUAUGAAAGACUCUCAGCCGUCCUGCUCUACUGCAGGCUCAAAACGGCGGGAAAGGAGAGACGUUGAACUUUGUGCAGUUUGUCUUGAUGAAUUCUAUAAUAACCAGGUAUGCAGAAUUAUAUUGAACUGUAUAACAAUCUAACAAUUCUGUAGAACUCAGACGAUCGUAAUGAAACAGGCAUCUUGCUACGUCUCGUUGAAAUCUCAAAUUUCCGUUAUGUUUAACGUAGUUUAUAACAUUUCCUAAGUGAAUAUUCUAUUUAAAGAGUCUCGGACUCCUUCGUAGAAUAAUAUAUAUUAGAUAUAUUUUUAAUUUAAAUCAGUUUUUUUUUUAUGUUGCUCUGGCAACUCAACAAGUCCUGUGAAAAUAAACCCAUGUGUGCAUGUAUCUAUUUUCUUGAACCUGAAUACUGAGUAUUUUGUGGCUUAAUUUUAUAUAGUGAUAUCCGUUCGAAAUGUCUUUCUCGUUCAGAAAUAUUUUAAUACCAUGUCAAAUUGAUCCUUGCCCAAUGCCGUAUGGUUCAGUCCUAGUGAUAAUCGUUCGAAAAGUCUUUUUCUUUCAUAAACACAUAGAAUGACUAGCCCGGAAGGUUUUAGAUUGAUUGGAUCAAAUUUGCCCUUGCCCAAUGCCGUGUGGCUCAGUCCUAGUAAUCGCUCGAAAUGCCUUUCUCUUGCAUGACCAACAUUGAAUGACUAGACAGGGAUGUUAGUUUACUAUGAGUACCAUAUCAAACAGUUUAUCCUUCCCUUUAUCUAUGUUCAAUCCCCAAAUGCUGUUUUACGUGGUCAAGUGUUCAUUUUAAGCCACGGCUGUCAAACCUUAUUCCUACGUGGCUAUCGAUUAAAUACAUGUAAAGAGCAAACAGUAGGACUGACAAGGUUACCUUAUAUACCUCUCUGCAGUUGGUACGGACUUUGCCUUGUGCACACGAGUUCCAUUGUGAGUGUGUUGAUCGAUGGCUUCUGGCGAAAAGGACCUGUCCAUUGUGUAAAGGAAACAUUAUAGGUCAGUUACAGUAAACAAGCAUUACAGUUAACCCUGUUAAGGGUUCACUAUCACGCCCCAUCUAGUUUUUGUAUGCUAUUGUAUUAAUUUCACUCUUCAUCUCCAUGACACGAUCAACUUGUGUUAAGCGACCUUCAGUUGGCCAUUUCGCCAGGCUGUCCGCUUCAUAAAGGAAUGACUAUACUAUGUGCAUCGACUUGAGCCGCAUUCCUUAGAUGCAUUAAGUCUUAUAAUUUAUGACGCAAGUUGCUAAAAAGAUUUCUUUCACAAUAUUAAAAAAUUAUAAAAAGUUAACGAAAAAAUGGCAAGAAAGCCCAAAGAAACCAGGAUGCUAGAACAAUGUUGGCUUUCCCAACUAACAUUAUUACAAAGACACCGAAUAUCAACUAAAAGAGUGCCUUACGAAGAGAGGAUUCGAAUAACUAUUAUUUUAAACACAGCUAGCAGCCAUGUUUUGAAAUAACGAUUCAACUUGCGUGGGAAAAACUUAAUAUAAGGGAACUUAAGCAAAGGCGCUUUUGAGCGAAGAAGAUCAACCAGGAGUGAGUCCUUUUCUCUUUUAAUAGGCUGAUUUAGCCACAGAACGGGAACGUCAGUUGACGGCGGCGUGAGCAAAUCAAACAACUGGCUUGACCAAUGGCUGAACGGCAAAUUGGGUACCGGAAGUCGAGUUUAGUCCCUUCCGCGCGAUUUCCCGUCGUCAAAUGACAUUCGGCAUGACGUUCCCGUUCUGUUGCUAAAUCAGCCUAACAUGCCUUGAUGCUUCCAAAUUUGUGUUGAUAAGUGUCUUACCUCUCACAUAGACUACUUAACCCGAAAAUUUGGUCAAAGUCACGGCCAAAAAUACAAAGAGGCCACUUUCGCUUGACGGGCGUCGCUUAAAAACGUCGUUGCUUAAGGUGACUCGACCCAGUUUUUUUGGGGGAGGUACCAUCCUACUUUGAAGCUUUCUGGUAUCCCCACCUUUACUUUUAUCGUAAGUCUAACACAUAGAAUGGAUAACAUAUAGAUCAAUCUACAAUAUAACAUAAAAUUUUUGGCGAUCGGAGUAAAUGUCACUUGGUUAUAAUGCCACGCCCCUUUGAGAUCUGAGUCGAAAAUCUGCAACCUAUGGGAAAAGCCCUGGGAACGAGGUUGGAAAAUCUGCUGUUGCCGGUAUUUUUUCGUGAUAAUCUCUCGGCUACACAUAGUGCGCAUAAGUGCCUUGCGCUGAACAGAGUUUCACCAAAAUCGCAAAGACCCAAUUCGAGAAAUUCAGCGGUUUCCAAAUUUAGGUCAUAAUUUAUGCGAAAAUGAUAAGCAAACUUUACACGGAUUAUAUCUAAUAAACUAUGAGAUUCACCUAUUUAUUUUGGGCAUCGUUAUAACGUAUGGGUCCUUGCAAGUCAGCAAAACGCUUUAGGGCCUUGUAAAUGCGCGCGAUUUCGUGCAAAGCAAACAUAUAGAAAUUAUAGUUUUCGAUAUUUGUUCACGUUUGUGAGCGUUUAAGAGUCCUUCUCACGAAGAAAGCAUUUUCUUAAAAAUUCGUAGUUUUUUUUCCUUCAAAUUUUUUCAGGGCCACAAUUGAUUAGCUAACUACCCGGACUCUGAAUUUCAUGGUCAUUGAAAAACUGUGACAUUAUCUUCUAACAUAGGCACGUUCAACGUGCAUGAGCUAUUUUGAAUGCUUCAGUGUAACUAUAAUACUUCGGUGUAACCUUACCAAGAGUGAUGAAUCUACCUUUUUCAUCCUAAAUGUAGAUUUGGUUUUUGUGCGAAAUUGGGUAUUGCGCUACAUAAAUGAAAACGCGAAACGCUCAGCUGAGUCGAUCCUCAACCUAUGUAUUCACUUUCCUCUGUCUUUCCCAGUUACAUCUGGUGCAAGUUAAACAAAUUGUUAAAGUAAAAUAAAUUUCUACUCACCAAACGUUGAUUAGAAGGAAAACUCUAAGGUUUCCUCGGAGUUUCUUAAGCCAAAAUGUGACUCAUCGAAUACUGAAUAGUUACGAAAUACCAGGAUUUUUAUCAUUGAGGUAGAUGGUUGCGUCAUCAUAAUUCACAAGGUUUUCACGUGCGAUUCUACUCAGUGAAACAGUCUUUAACUCCGACAACUUAUUUCUUCAUGUUUUAAAAGCUAUUGCUUCUUAAAAGGCAAGAGCCUUUUUUAAGGCAUUGGUUACAAAACGAAACAGGUCUUCAUACGUCCAAGUUACUAUUUAUCAUUGUGAAAAGCCAAUCUGCAUGAGAUGUACAGUCACACAGCUGGCACGUGAAAGUGUUGGACUUUGUCCCCUUUCGUGGUUCGUACGUGAGGGAAUUCGAGUUAUCACACAAUAAACUGGUAAACAGAAUUAUAAAAAUAACUCUUGCACACAAUUUGCACGUGAAGAUGUUGGUCUUUGGCCCUUUUACAAUUCGUACGUUAAAAAAAAGGCAAAUUGUUUACUACAAAAUUUUCUCAAGCGAUUUUAAGAAAUCACCUCGGCUUCAUUACAACAUCUGCAAUUAAACUAUGUUUCAUGCAACGUCAAGGUUGAUAACCUAACAUUUAUUAACAUUUGUGAGACAGUCUUUAACACCGACAACUUAUUUCUUCAUGUUUUAAAAGCUAUUGCUUCUUAAAAGACAAGAGCCUUUUUUAGGGCAUUGGUUACUAAACGAAACAGGUCUUUAUACGUUCAAGUCACUAUUACUAUUGUGAAAAGCCAAUCUGCAUGAGAUGUACAGUCACACAGAUGGCACGUGAAAGUGUUGGACUUUGGCCCCUUCCGUGGUUCGUACGUGAGGGAAUUCGAGUUAUCACACAGUAAUCCAGUAAACAAAAUUAUAAAAAUAACUCAUGCACACGAUUUGCAUGUGAAGAUGUUGGUCUUUGGCCCUUUUACAAUUCGUACGUAAAAAAAACGCAAAUUGUUUACUACAAAAUUUUCUCAAGCGAUUUUAAGAAAUCACCUCGGCCUUAUUACAACAUCUGCAAUUAAAUUAUGUUUCAUGCAACGUCAAGGUUGAUAGCCUAACAUUUAUUAACUUCCAAGAAAAUUAUCAAACUGCCGAAAUAUAUUUCUGCUCAUUUCAUGUUACUCCACUCAAUAAAGCAGUACCUAAUUAUUGUGUCAACUAGCUUCUUCCAAUUUUGUUCCCUAACGCUACUGUUUCUACUUAAGUUUAUACGCAUCUUUACUAAAUAAAAUACGUUUCAAUAACUAUAAUGCUUAGUAUGCAGGAAGGAUGUAUCAUGUUGUUCACUUAUUAUUCCUUUUUGUUGUUGUUUUGCCGGAACGAAAAAGGUCUGUUGAACUUUGUAAGCGAGAGAAUAAUAUUUCUACAGCUUGUUUACAGGAUUAACAAUACUCGGUACAGCGUUUAAAAAAAUAAGCUGCUUUUCAAACUUCUAAAACCACAUUUUAUAGGCCGCAUACUUUCGAAUUAAAGUCCAUAUCUAAAUAUCAAUUAUUGCUUCACUGGAAGAGCUUUGAAAAUAUAUGAUCGUUUAUACUCUACCUUGAAGCAGGUGAAACACAACUCAUAAAUACGUGCGUGGUACCCUUCGCGAUAGCCGAAUUUGGUCAGAAAUAUCUUGAAGUAGCAUCCACACUAAAAUAUGAACCCUUAAACAGCUGCAUCACUGUACACAGCGUUUGAAUCAUGAAGAUAUUUAAUAUAAUGUUUCCAAACACCUGUAGCCGUACUAAAAGACGAACAAAUUGUAAAGAAUCAAGAUGGCGGUCUUUAAGUGCCCUUGUUCGACCUUUAGCAAUGUGAUUUUUAAGUAGAUGCCAAGAUCUCAUUGGUUCCUUAGCAUCAACUCAUAGUACCUUCAACCUUAUUGGCUCUUGCAACAAACAUCCGAACAUACAAAGUUACAAAGAUACAAAGUUACAAAGUUACAAAGUUACAAAGUUACAAAGUUACAAAGAUACAAAGCCACAAAGAUACAUACGCUCACACCACUGACAUAUGAGCUAUUUUUUCAAAAUAGCUCAAUAAGCCCAAACUUGAGUAAACAUUGAAGAUUUUUAGCGUUUUGGCUGAGUUUGUGCUUUGGGAGUUGUCUAUUAUUUCUAGUCUGUCAUUAUACAGCAUUCUUGUUCAGCACGCGUGCAAUGACUUCCGAAUACUCACCGAGAUAUAAUAAUUUUAGUACAGUGAGACAGGCCAUCGCGUGAUACAUAGAGGUUUAACUAACAAUUUUUAAUCAAUGCUAGGGCUUCUUGCGCCUUUGAAAAAAAAUCAAGAAGUGCUACACACUAAAUCUACUUACUAUUAGAAAAAUAUCAUUUUUUCAUAGCUUUAAUGCAAGCCAAUAAUUAAACCAACUCGUGACGGGAAUAUCUCGGUGAGCAUUCGGUAGUCAGCCAAGCGUGGUCAUUGCACGCGUGCUGAACAAGAAUGCUGUAUAAUGACAGACUAGAAACAAUAGACAACUCCCAAAGCACAAACUCAGCCAAAACGCUAAAAAUCUUCAAUGUUUACUCAAGUUUGGGCUUAUAGAAGAUAAUGUCACAGUUUUUCAAUGAACAUGAAAUUCAGAGUCCGGGUAGUUAGCUAAUCAAUUGUGGCCCUGAAAAAAUUUGAAGGAAAAAAAACUACGAAUUUUUAAGAAAAUGCUUUUUUCGUGAGAAGGACUCUUAAACGCUCACAAACGUGAACAAAUAGCGAAAACUAUAAUUUCUAUAUGUUUGCUUUGCUCGAAAUCGCGCGCAUUUACAAGGCCCUAAAGCGUUUUGCUGACUUGCAAGGACCCAUACGUUAUAACGAUGCCCAAAAUAAAUAGGUGAAUCUCAUAGUUAAUUAGAUAUAAUCCGUGUAAAGUUUGCUUAUCAUUUUCGCAUAAAUUAUGACCUAAAUUUGGAAACCGCUGAAUUUCUCGAAUUGGGUCUUUGCGAUUUUGGUGAAACUCUGUUCAGCGCAAGGCACUUAUGCGCACUAUGUGUAGCCGAGAGAUUAUCACGAAAAAAUACCGGCAACAGCAGAUUUUCCAACCUCGUUCCCAGGGCUUUUCCCAUAGGUUGCAGAUUUUCGACUCAGAUCUCAAAGGGGCGUGGCAUUAUAACCAAGUGACAUUUACUCCGAUCGCCAAAAAUUUUAUGUUAUAUUGUAGAUUGAUCUAUAUGUUAUCCAUUCUAUGUGUUAGACUUACGAUACAAGUAAAGGUGGGGAUACCAGAGAGCAUCAAAGUAGGAUGGUACCCCCCCCAAAAAAACUGGGUCGAGUCACCUUAAAGUCCCCAAGAUCGAUUUCACGGUUAGAACAACGAAUAAAGGCGGUUCAACGAAUACGCUUCUCAUUUGCAUGUUUUCGUCUUUUUAUUUACUCUCGUAUUUUCUUUGCCUUCUUUCAGCAAGUCUUGCUAGUGAAAAAACAGGACCAAUCAAUCCAUGGGAGAGAUUUAAUAUGGGCGAGUCGUCAUUUGGAAAUGAAACAGUCCAAAGACGGCAAAGACCAUUUGAGGCAUUAACUUCAGCUAGUGAUAACCUAGUGACUCAUAUCAGCGGUUGGAAGAAACAGUGCUCACGGACAGGCUCAUAAAAUCUUUGACCACUGAAUGUCAUCAAUAAAACUCGACUGAUUACUGACUGGAAGGAAUUCUCGGGAGC